AUGUCGAGAGAGAAAUUCAAUGAAGAGCACGAUGUGCAAAUUGAGUUGGCGAGUACGCCGGGGGCUGAUAUGGGCAGACCAUUGAAUGAGCAGGUAGAAGGAAGUGAGCAUCACGGCAUUACAGCCAAAAUCAUAGCCGUCUACCUUAGUGUGGUUAUCAUUGCAUUUUCCGGGCUGGUUAAUAUUAUCGGUGCAGGCGCGUAUUCUAGGGACGUUGCUGCCAGCUUGGGCGGCUCUUCCAUAUCGAUCUGGUUGUCACAAGUGUCGGCAAUCACGAUCACUAUACUUGGUCCUAUUAUCGCCCAAGCCGCCGACUACUGGGGUCGAAAAUGGUUCGUCGUCCUCACCACUCUACUAGGGUUCGUGGGGUGCAUCGUUGUUUCACGAGCCAAUUCGAUGGGCGUGGCCAUCGUAGGCCAGAUCAUCGCCGCCCUUGGUUACAGCUCGCAAGCAUUGCUGAAUGCCAUUGUUUCAGAAAUCCUACCUCGUCGGCUGAGACCAGCGGCCCAAGGCGGCUUAGGACUGACAUCAGGACUCGGCGCCGCAUUUUCUCUUAUAUUCGGAUUCCAUAUGGUUGUGGUCUCUACUGAUGGCUGGCGCAUUUACUGGUACGUAACAGCUGGGCUUAUGUUUAUCGCCGUCAUCUUGUUCGUGAUCGCAUACAACCCUUCGCCUAGGCCAUUGCAGGCAGCUUUAACCACUGCUGAAAAAAUCCAGCGGCUGGACUGGACAGCGUAUGCACUCUUGGCGGCUGGUCUCGUUCCCCUCAAUAUGGCACUGACCUGGUCCGACAACCCGUAUCCCUGGAGCGACGCUCAUGUUUCUGCGACUUUCGCAGUAGGAAUGGUUGCCUUCAUUGCUUUCGGUAUCCAUCAAACGCUUAUCAAAAAGGACGGUCUCUGCCAUCACGACCUCUUUAGGAAAGACCGUAAUUGUGCCAUAUCAUUCUUGUGUAUCUUUAUGGAGGGACUGAGCUUCUUCUCUGUCAACAACUUUUUCCCUGCUGAGAUGAGCGUCUUGUACGAACCUGACACUUUCAGAGUCGGUCUUCGUGCUAGCAUUACCUUCUUCGCAGCCGUCGUGUCUGCUUUUGCCGUCUCGGUAUAUUCGACUAUAACGAAAGACAUCAAAAACCCCAUUAUCGUUGCCUACACCUUGAUUGUGCUUUACACGAUUCUGAUGGCCACGGCGACCCUGGAUAGCGCCACUGCUGUCUGGGCCUACCCAUUGUUCCUUGGCCUUGGGUUCGGUGCUGCCAUUUCCAAUGUCACCACAGCCGCGCAACUGAGCGCGCCUCCGUCUCUCAUUGCGGUUACGAGCGGUUUGAUAGCUGGCACACGAUCAUUGGGUGGCUCCAUUGCACUCCCUGUGCUUAAUAGUAUCUUCCAAUCCACAUUGUCCAAACACAUGGGAGCAAAUAUUGCCGCCGCAGUACUCCCACUGGGCCUAUCAUCGGAAAACCUAUCGCAAUUUAUUACAGCACUAAGUUCCGACGAUCAGGCAGCUCUUGCGAGUAUUCCCGGUGUCACGCCAGCUACCAUCAGUGCAGGACUUGAAGCACUCAAAGCCACGUACCUGGUAGCGUAUCGAUAUGUAUGGAUCACGGCCGGUGCGUUCUCCGCAGUGGCUGUUGUUGCUGCCUGCUUCUUGAUCAAUCCGAAAGAAGAUUUGAACACGAGUAUCGAUGCUCCGUUACAAGAUGAAAACCAGGAACAAUUGCGAAAUUCGCCGCGCUCGAAGACUCUAGUGGAUGACAUUCACAACCGGCAUCGUUCACGUCGUCGGCCUGCACAUGCAGCGGCCGAGGAAUUUCUAUCGUCGGAGAAAGCGACCGAAGGAAGCUGUGUCCCAGAGCCCCCGACCACAAAUUCGGCAGAUAUCAGCAUUCCGAGAGCGAACUCUGCAGAUCAGUCACCUUCCACACUUACAGAGCGACUUCAAAAUGUUCAUAAAGGGCUCGUCCUGUCGCUCUCUUCUGUGGUCACAAGCCUCUCGCUGGAAACCGUUGUAGCACGAUGCGUUGAUAUGUAUAUGCAAAACACGUUCUGUCUUCAUCCAAUAGUGCAUGAAGGCAGCCUACGUGCCGUCAUGAACCUUGAUACGCUAGUCGUCCAGGAGGUCGCGGCUCAACCUAGAACCAGAUCCCGGGAUGGUAGUCUACACUUAUUGCAAUCAUAUGCGUUAGUGACAGCACUAUGUGCGGCAACAGCUUAUCUACUAUCACCACAAACAGAUGUGGACGGAAGGCUUGUAGGGCCUGUGUUUCUUCGAGUGUCCCGUGAAACACUCAGUAUCUACCAUGACCUAGAUCUUCAACAGCCGGAAUCUAGCUCUCUUGCGAUCCGCAUGUUUCAGGCCGCGGCGCUACAUACUGAUGGAAAGCACGAGCUCGCCUGGCAUCUUUUCGGGGAAGCACUGAGGCUAGCGGAUCAGAUGCGGCUGUAUGAUGAGCAGUCUUUCGGUUUACUGGAUCCGCUUGAAGGGCGUCUACGCCGCACGGCAUAUUGGGAUCUGACUGCUUAUGCUCAGUACCAUCACAUCCUUGAGGAAUAUUCGCUUGUAACUCAUACCUGGAACCGAGAACGUACUACAGCCAUGAGACUGGACUACGGGCCAACCGAUAUGUUUGAAGAACAGCUUUUUGCCGGUUUCUUCGCGUUCCAUCGUCUAUGGGAGGCGGCAUCUGGUCUUCUGCUGGAUUUGGAGAGCUAUGCUCGAGUACGCCGCCUAACCGCAGAUGCAAUCACACUCCUUGAAAUACAGCAGAAUGGUCUUACAGAGUCCUAUGUACGGUUCCUGACAGUACUUGACCAUCUGCCCGCAUGUAUACACUAUCCGGAUGCAGGAGUCAACACGGAGAAUGCAAACAUCACACUAUCCCAGCGUCGCCAAUUUUGGAUUCAGCGAACCAAUCUCUUUGUCACCUAUCACUGCCUGCGGAUGGUACUGGUGACCCGAAUCUCCCAUUUAGGCUUGGGUGUUUUGAUCGGCAUCCAGGAUGCUGAGCCAAUGCUGGCGCUUCGCAAGACCGAAGUCGCCCAUGACAUGAUUUGCUUGAUCACCAGCGUGCCACUUGAAAUUUUGCGUGUGAUGGGCGAGACCUGCAUUUCAAAGAUACGACAUGUCGGCGCAUCGCUGCUUGAGAUUAUGAAUCAAGUCCCAGCGACGCCGGCCACUGUCCGGGCCAAAUCCUUGCUCCCGGUACUGCUCGAUGUUCUGACCAGGCUAGAUUCGCGUCGAAAUGUUAGUCACCUUGUAAAUCUCAACCACUCUCCGAUUGUAUGA